AGAAGGAGUCGUCUCCGGCGGCGGUGGAAGUCAAUUGGUGGCAGCACCGGAACAAAGCAAAUAACCGAAUAUAACCGGCACCUGCGGAACUGUGAGAGAUGCUGAGCUCAUCCUGCCAGUGACCAGAGCUCACCGUCCCCAUACCAACCAAAACACAGCAGGAUACAGACCAGACUCGCCAUGGCUGCCAGGCAGCAGAGACCUGCAGCUGCUGCAGACGGCUCAGCAGAGGCCAGAAGGACAGACGUCAGGACCAAUGAGAAGAAGUGCUCUUGGGCCUCCUACAUGACCAACAUUCCAACUGUGAUAGUGAUGAUUGGGUUGCCCGCCAGAGGGAAAACCUACAUGUCCAAGAAGCUGACACGCUACCUCAACUGGAUUGGAGUGCCAACUAAGGUAUUUAACCUCGGAGUUUAUAGGAGAGAAGCAGUGCAGUCAUACAAGUCCUAUGACUUCUUCAGACAUGACAAUAAAGAAGCAAUGCAAAUCAGAAAACAGUGUGCUCUGACGGCACUGCAGGAUGUCAAGACCUACGUGAAUGAGGAGGGAGGCCAGAUCGCUGUUUUUGAUGCCACCAACACCACCAGAGAGAGACGAGAACUCAUCCUUAAUUUUGCAAAGGAUAACUCAUACAAGGUGUUUUUCGUUGAAUCGAUAUGUGACGAUCCAGAUGUCAUCGCUACAAACAUCCUGGAUGUGAAGGUGUCCAGCCCAGAUUAUCCCGAGAGGAACAGAGAAAGCGUCAUGGAGGAUUUUCUGAAGAGAAUAGAAUGCUAUAAAGUGACGUACCAACCUUUGGAUCCGGACGAACACGACAAGAACCUGUCCUUCAUCCAGGUCAUCAACGUUGGCCGUCGUUUCUUGGUCAACAGGGUGCAGGACUACAUCCAGAGUAAAAUAGUGUACUACCUCAUGAACAUCCACGUACACUCCCACUCCAUCUACCUCUGUCGACACGGAGAGAGCUUUCACAAUGUGGAGGGACGCAUCGGGGGGGACGCUGAGCUGUCAGAGAGAGGCAGAGAGUUCUCAGCAGCUCUGAAGGGUUUUGUGGAAGAGCACCAUCUGUCAGACCUGAAAGUUUGGACGAGCCAGCUGAGACGCACCAUCCAGACAGCAGAGGAGCUGGGAGUUCCCUACGAGCAGUGGAAGAUCCUCAAUGAAAUAGAUGCUGGAGUGUGUGAAGAAAUGACCUAUGAAAUGAUUGAGGAAAAACACCCGGAGGAGUUUGCCAUGAGGGACCAGGACAAGUACCAUUACCGCUACCCUGGAGGAGAGUCCUACCAGGACCUGGUUCAGCGGCUGGAGCCUGUCAUCAUGGAGCUGGAACGGCAGGGCAACGUGCUCGUCAUCUGCCAUCAGGCCGUCAUGCGCUGCUUGCUGGCCUACUUCCUGGACAAGAGUGCAGAUGAUCUUCCCUACUUGAAGUGUCCCCUGCACACUGUCCUAAAGCUCACCCCUGUGGCAUAUGGUUGUAAAGUGGACAUGUUUGACCUGAAGGUGAAGGCUGUCAACACUCACAGGAACAGACCUUUAAAUAAAGUCAGAACAGAUGUUGUGCAUCCAGCUUUCCACCGAAGAAACAGCUUCACUCCAUUGUCCAGCCAAGACCAGAUUAAACGACCUCGUCUUUACAGCGUGGGAAACACUCCACAGGCUCACAUGCCCCAGGCCCCACAUUUACCCAGCAUGCUGUUCUCUGACGUGUCGGAGAAGGCAGAGCUGCAGCAGAGCGAGGACUCUAUCAACGGCUUCAGCGCAGCAGACCCAGACGAAUGUGUUCAGGAUUGAAGAAGCACAUAAAGAGGCUUUUCUCCACAUGGAUGUAUCACCAGUUCUGAGGACCAGCAGUAAAAUCCCCACCAGCAUCAGUCAUUACAUUCUCAAGCACUGUAUUACACACAGUAUGUGUGUGUAGCAGAAUGUGUGUUAUCUGUUCAGUGUUUGUUGGAUAGGUUAUGUGCGUGUUAGUGAGUGCACAUACAUACUCAAUGCCUUUGCACAGUAGCCUUCAAAUCUAAGCUGUGAUCUGGCUUGGAUGUAUAAAAAUGUAGAGCUUUGUAGUACGUUAAUACUCUGAAAACCCGUCCGUUAGUUUUUAGCACACUCCACACACUGUCGUCUACAGUCGUAUUAUGCUGUAUUGAAACAUGCUGAUUGUGAAUUGUAUACCUCAAUGGAAGUGACUGCUUUUAGUUUCAGUGUAAGGGAGUGCCUCUCUUGAAGGAAACCAUGUACAGCCUUAGCUUCUCAGAUUCUGUCUUUAAAGGGAACCUAUUAUUAUUCUUUUCUUUAUUUUCUGUCACAUGUAUAAUGUCAGGGUGUCAGAGUUCAUGUUCAACGUGGCCAAAGUUUCCGACAAUGAGGUAAAUGUAUGUAAACAUAAUCUCUGUGAGUAAAAACCUCAGGCUUCAGACUGUUCUGAAUUCUGUUUUCAACGUUUUUUCCCGCUUCUGAGACAAGAUGGCGUCAGCUUGUGGUGGGUUUCUGUAUUUGGUCGUCUGCUCCAGACACGCUACUAAGUGUUUGCAUUGUUUGAUUUAAUAACGUAGCCUACACUGCUACAUGUAGCUACAUGCUAACAUCAGGGAGACAUCAUCAUCGAUGGUCUCAGGAAAAUAAAGUGUUUUUAACAUUAAAGUUUCAACCUAAAAAAUAAAAAUUAAUAGGUCCCCUUUAAGUUACUUAUUUAAAUAUUCCUUUUCUCAUGUGGUUUGAUAAGAUGUAGUGAUAAUUUUAUUUUGAAGUGUAAUUUAAGGCAUAAUAAGCUUUCAGUGGGCAGACACAAGUUAAAAGAAAAAACAAAAUGUUUCGUCUGGCCCCUAUAAAAACAACUGUACUUCUUUUCCUCUUCUCUUCAGUGAUGCCUACCUGUGUGUUCUGCCUUCUCCUCAAAUAACAGCUUUAAUAUAUUCAGCUGUCUACUGUGAGUGAUGAUGUAGCACUGAAACUGAAUCCACAGAAGUGAUGCAAAUAUUUCCAAUACAAAGUGCUCCUGAGUUUUAAUGCAUUUAAGUUUCUUUGUACAGAAAAGCAAAUCAUUUGUGCACCCCUAAUGCAUUAUUCUGAUGAAAAUACACUGUAUGUUAUUUACCGGCUUCAUAGCAACCAUAUGGACGACACUGAUUCAUGUGACUUUGAUUUUGCUAUCAGCAGUAAAUCAAUAUUUGGAAGAAGUGCCUCUGUUCAAAGGACAACGAGACUGUGACAGUUGUAAUCAAAAGUAUUUAAAUAAAUGUUAUGCAAAGGUAUGUUGAAGGAUUGGCGAUGUGUUUCGAUGUCUUAAAAAAAAGCUUGGAUGUUAUUGCACACUGUGCCAUACAUGUUUCAUUUAAUAAAUUUGAUUUAAACGCA